CGGAGACCCGCUGUCCCCUGCAGGCUCACAGGGGCCCCGCUGCCUCCCUCCGUUGGUGAAUGUCCCAGAGCGGGCCGGAGUGGGCAACAUGGAGGGGGAGCCCUCCCAGCCUUCCAACAGCAGCCGGCCCCCAUGCCAGAAUGGGAGUGAUGCCGAGGCCAACACUGCUGCAAACCUCACCUUCUCCUCCUACUACCAGCACUCCUCCCUGGUGGCUGCCGUGUUCAUUGUGGCCUACGCGCUCAUCUUCCUCCUCUGCAUGGUGGGCAACACCCUGGUCUGCUUCAUUGUGCUCAAGAACCGGCACAUGUGCACCGUCACCAACAUGUUUAUCCUCAACCUGGCCGUCAGCGACCUGCUGGUGGGCAUUUUCUGCAUGCCCACCACCCUCGUGGACAACCUCAUCACUGGGUGGCCCUUCGACAAUGCCACAUGCAAGAUGAGCGGCUUGGUGCAGGGCAUGUCCGUGUCAGCUUCUGUUUUCACACUGGUGGCCAUUGCCGUGGAAAGGUUUCGCUGCAUCGUGCACCCUUUCCGCGAGAAGCUGACCCUGCGGAAGGCGCUGGUCACCAUCGCGGUCAUCUGGGCCCUGGCCCUGCUCAUCAUGUGCCCCUCGGCCGUCACGCUGACCGUCACGCGCGAGGAGCACCACUUCAUGGUGGACGCCCGCAACCGCUCUUACCCGCUCUACUCGUGCUGGGAGGCCUGGCCCGAGAAGGGCAUGCGCAGGGUCUACACGGCCGUGCUCUUCUCGCACAUCUACCUGGCGCCGCUGGCGCUGAUCGUGGUCAUGUACGCGCGCAUCGCCCGCAAGCUGUGCAAGGCCCCGGGGCCCGCGCGCACCGGCGAGGAGGCGGCCGGGGAGGGCGGCCGCGGCGCCCGGCGCAGGGCCCGGGUGGUGCACAUGCUGGUCAUGGUGGCGCUGUUCUUCACGCUGUCCUGGCUGCCUCUCUGGGCCCUGCUGCUGCUCAUCGACUACGGGCAGCUGAGCGAGCCGCAGCUGCACCUGGUCACCGUCUACGCCUUCCCCUUAGCCCACUGGCUGGCCUUCUUCAACAGCAGCGCCAACCCCAUCAUCUACGGCUACUUCAACGAGAACUUCCGCCGCGGCUUCCAGGCCGCCUUCCGCGCCCAGCUCUGCCCGCCGCCGUGGGGGAGCCACCGGGAGGCUCCCAGCGGGCUCCUGCGCACGCAGGUCUUCGUGGAGGUGCAGCCCAGCGACUCGGGCCUAACCUCCGAGUCGGGCUCGAGCAGCGGGGCCCCCAGGCCCGGCCGCCUCCAGCUGCACAGUGGCCACGUGCCCCCCCCUGGCUUGGCCGCCAAGGGUCCCGGCUUUUCCCAUACACCCCUCACCAUACCAGCCUGGGGCGUUUGA